AUGGAAAAGCUUUCACGCUUGCUCUCCACCAUCAAGGCAGUCCUUGAAGAUGCUGAGCAGAAGCAAUUCACAGAAAGGGCAAUACAACUCUGGUUUCAGAAGCUCAAUGUUGUUGCCUAUGAAAUCGAUGAUGUAUUGGAUGAUUGCGCAGCUGAAGCCCCAAGAGUCAAGUACAAAAAUUCUGGUUGUUUAAGUUUUAUGUGUUACCCUGUAGCAGGAAAAUUAGUGUUUCGUCACAGGAUUGGGAAAAGGAUGAAAGAGAUCCUUGACAAAUUUAAUGCAAUAGCUGAUGAGCGAAUAAAGCUUGAUUUGAGUGAUCAGAAGCGUGGGAGCUAUUUCAAUGCAAGCCGCGAGACUGGAUCCGUGGUAAAUGAGCCUGAAGUUCUUGGAAGGGACGAUGAAAAAAGGCAGAUUGUCCGCAUCUUGACGGAAGAAAUAAUUGGAGACGAUCAAAAUGUAUCAGUGCUCCCUAUAGUGGGUGUUGGAGGCCUUGGAAAGACAACACUUGCCCGAUUGGUGUUCAAUGAUAAGCGCGUAAUUGAGCAUUUUGAGCCAAAACUCUGGGCUUGGGUUUCAGAGGAAUUUGAUGUGAAGAGGAUUAUAAAAGCCUUAAUUGAGUCUGUAGACAAGACUUCUAUUGGAGACUUACCCUUGGAUGUUCUCCAAGGAAAGCUUCAAGAGUUGUUGAGAGGGAAAAGAUACUUGAUUGUACUGGAUGAUGUCUGGAAUGAGAAUUCACAGAAAUGGGAGGAAUUGAAAUCUGUUCUGCAAUGCGGAUCAAAAGGUAGUUCAAUUGUCACGACAACUCGCAUGGAGAUGGUUGCUGAAAUAAUGCGCACAUUAGGGACACAUCGUCUAUCGAGUUUGUCAGACGAUCAGUGUUGGUCACUGUUCAGGCAACGGGCAUUUGGUAGUCAAGAGGCAGAAGAAUUUCCUAACCUUAUAGCCAUUGGAAAAGAGAUUGUGAAAAAAUGUGGUGGUGUUCCGCUGGCUGCAAAGGCUCUUGGAGGCUUUCUACGAUUUAAAAGGGAAGAAAAUGAAUGGAACUCUGUGAAAUGCAGUGAAAUUUGGAACUUACCUCAAGAUACAACAGAUAUCUUGCCCGCGUUGAGAUUGAGCUACCUUAAUCUUCCGGUAGAGUUGAGAGGUUGCUUUGCAUAUUGUGCUGUAUUUCCCAAGGGAUCUAAAAUUGAAAAAGAAGAGGUAAUACAUUUGUGGAUGGCAAAUGGAUUGAUUUCAUCUAAUGGAACGAUGGAAGUGGAAGAUGUUGGUGCUGCUGCGGUGACUGAACUACAUCAUAGAUCACUGUUCCAAGCCGUGGAGAAAUAUGUGUUUGGCUAUGGCAGUGUCCCUGCUUUUAAGAUGCAUGACCUUGUCCAUGAUCUGGCUCAAUCCGUAAUGGAGGCUAAACACGGUGGAACAGAGUCAAACAGAACCAUGAUGUUGGAUAUGCGGAAUGAUUGGCUAACAGUGGCUUUUCCUAUUACAAUCACAGGCACUGACCAGUUUUCUUCUUUCUUGUCAAAAUGUGGUUCCUUGAGGGCUCUCAUUGUAAGGUCAACAAUGUGGGAAGAAAAUUUGAUAGAGCUGCCACCUGCAAUAAGCAACCUGAAACAUUUAAGGCAUCUAGAUCUUUCAAAAUCUGACAUUGUUGAACUAUCCAAUUCAAUUUGUGACUUGUGGAAUUUGCAAAUUUUAAACCUAAAUGACUGUAACAAACUUUGGAGCCUGCCCAAAGGCAUGAGAUUCCUCAGAAAUCUUCGACAUCUUUGUCUACGGAGGUGCUGGAGUUUGACUCAAAUGCCAGGAAUUGGGAAGCUGACUUGCCUGCGGACGUUGAGUAUGGUCGUCCUAAGUGGCAAAAAAGGCUUCCAACUAAGUGAGUUGCGAGACUUAAAUAUGCUUAGAGGAAAGCUAACAAUUGGGCACCUUGAGAGGAUUGAAGACAAAAAGGAUGCAGAAGAAGCUUGCUUAAUUGAAAAACAGAGUCUUCGCGAGUUGUAUUUGGUUUGGCAUUCUGAAAGAACUCUUCAACGGUACAAUGAUGAGGAAGUGCUCGAAGCCCUCAAACCCUGCCCCAACCUUCAAUUGCUUUAUAUAGAAGGCUUCAAAGGUUCAUCAUUAUUUCCAUCUUGGAUUUCAAUUGUAACAGAAGUUGAGGUAGAGGAAAGUGCAGCGGAGUACAUAGUUGGGGCCCAGGAGAGUACUGCUGCAGCCGCUGCAAUGUCCCCAUCGUUGAAACACCUGGGUUUAUCAGACAUGCCCAAUCUAAAAGGAAUGUUAGGGAGAGAAGUCCAAGGUACUCCAGUGGUGUUCUCUCAACUUCAAUCCUUGUCCUUUAACGAAUGCCCUAACAUGGCAUGGGCUUCAAUCUCCAAUCUCACUAGUCUUAAUUCCCUUAAAAUUGAGAGGAUUGAAGGAUUGAGUUGUUUUCCAGAAGAGAUGCUACAAAAUCUUAGUCUUCUUGAAUCCCUGGAUAUUGGGUAUAUGAAUGAUCUGCGAGCCUUACCCAGAAGCUUGGCUAGCCUCCCGGCUUUGAAUGAAUUGACCAUCGAGGAAUGUCCCAAGCUGAAGUCUCUGCCAGAAGAAGGAUUGCGAGGCCUUGCUUCUUUGCAGGAACUCUAUAUCGAAGGAUGCAAUAAUUUGGUGAGUCUCUCAAUGGGGACUAAAGCCCUCAAAUCCCUGACUCAUCUAAGCAUCCAAGGGUCAAACGCGACAGCUCUGCCAGAGGAAGUCAAAUAUUUCCCCGCACUACAAGAACUGGAGCUGAAUGAAUUGGACAAUCUAACUUCAUUGCCAGACUGGUUUGGAGGCGGCCACCUCACUUCUCUUCAACACCUGACACUAUGGUCUUGUCCGAAGCUUGAAAGACUUCCAUCCAGCAUUCAAAUGAUGAAGACACUCCAAAGUUUGACUAUAGGUGACUGCGACCUACUGGAACCACGGUGUGAAGAGGGAGGAGAGGAAUGGCACAAAAUUGAGCGCAUCCCGAAUCUGGAAAUUUACUAA